AUGGAUGGAUGCAGCCGCCUUCCACCUGCGGGUUUGCAAACGCCUCCGAGGGAUUAUGAGGACUUGGAGCCAGGCGCCGGAUCUGCCCGCUCUCUCUGGCUGUGUCUUCUCGCACGUAGCCUCACUCCAGCCCGGGAGGCGGCUCUCGUGGGUUGCAAAGGCUGCAAAAGCGUCGCCCGCACACAGAAGAGCAGCAGCUGGCGCGCGCCGCGGCGGUGGCUCCCUAGGCUGGGCCUUUGCUCCGGUCCACCACCCUUAAUCCCAUCCCUUCGCAGCCGACAGCGGCCUGCCCGGACACGCGGCCCAUUCCUCCAGCCUCAGACUAACCUGCUAGCCCUGGGCCCCACCCCUCGCGCUCUCUCAUUGGCCCGCUCUUGGGGUGCCGAGGAAAGGGCCCGCCUUUGCAAGCAGAGCACCGCUGAUCGGGUUGCAGCAGCCGCCUGUGCUCGUGUGGACAGCAAAAAAAGCAUGGCCUCGGAACUGUCCUUGAACAUCAACAUCAAGGAACCACGAUGGGACCAAAGCACCUUUGUUGGGAGAGCGAAGCAUUUCUUCACGGUGACAGAUCCCCGCAACCUCCUGCUCUCGAGCAGGACCUUGGAAGACGCUCGGAGGGUGAUUGAAGAUUACAGGUUAGGUAAAGCGUCCCCAGGACUGACUGAAGACCAGCUGUGGCGAGCUAAAUACAUUUAUGACUCAGCCUUUCAUCCUGAUACUGGCGAGAAAAUGAUCCUGAUUGGGCGAAUGUCUGCCCAGGUGCCCAUGAAUAUGACCAUUACUGGAUGCAUGCUCACCUUCUACAGGACAACCCCUGCUGUAUUAUUCUGGCAGUGGGUGAACCAGUCUUUCAAUGCCAUUGUAAACUACACUAACCGAAGUGGAGAUGCCCCCAUCACUGUCAACCAGCUGGGUACAGCCUACGUCAGUGCAACCACAGGAGCCGUGGUAACAGCGUUGGGACUGAAGUCUCUCACCAAGCAUUUGCCACAAAUCAUAGGACGCUAUGUGCCUUUUGCAGCUGUGGCUGCCGCAAACUGCAUCAACAUCCCAUUAAUGAGGCAAAGGGAGCUCAAGUUUGGUAUCCCUAUUACAGACGAGAAUGGGAAUCGGCUGGGUGAGUCGAAAAAGGCAGCUCAGCAAGCAAUUGUGCAGGUCGUGGUAUCUCGUAUUGGCAUGGCUGCACCCGCCAUGGCCAUUCCUCCUGUGAUCAUGAAUGCCCUAGAGAAGAGAGCAUUUCUGAAGCGAUACCCCAUGAUGAAUGCUCCUCUGCAGGUUGGAUUAGUCGGCUUGUGUUUGGUAUUUGCUACACCCCUUUGUUGCGCUCUCUUCCCACAGAACAGCUCAAUGUCUGUGAGUCGCUUGGAACCUGAAAUCCAAGCUCAGAUCCAGGAGAAGAAUCCUGGCGUUGAGGUUGUUUAUUUCAACAAGGGGCUUUGAGAGAGGCUCCUUCAUUCUUACCCUGGUAUGCAGCAGAAGGGAUGGCGAGGAGAAGAACCAGGGAUCCGGUGCUCCCAAGAAGGAGAAAGUUACACGUUGUGCUAGUAUAAUCCCUUGCAAAUGCUGCUUUCUUAUUGGCUGCCAAGCCUUGGCAGGUCUUAACGUGUAUGAUAAAAGCCUUCCUGGAUUCAGGGGAACCAUAGGGUAGAUUGUCAUAUGUGAACAAAGUAUAAACAUUCCUUUCCUGACCUAGUUAGGUGUUAGGAUCAGAGCAGUCAAGUGGUCUUAAGCAAACCUGAACCCCUAUAUUAUGCGCAAAUCCACUGUGGUGUGUUUGUGUGUGUAAGUGUAUGUGUAGGGUUUUGUAAAGUUCAUUGUGAAAUAAUGUCAUAAAAGUAAUGAUUCUGGGAUCAUUUUGGGAGAGGAGAAUCCACGGAACACCUUGAAUCCUUUGGUUCCAUUGCAGAAGGAAACAUUCUUUGUGUUUCAGCUUAUAUCUUGUGUAUUCAAUGCUAAAGAAGAUUCAAAUAGUAUUCAGAUAGUAUUCUUUGUUGCAAUCCCUCUUUAUUUUAUAAUAUGUGCUUAAGCAUUUCUAUAUAUUUUAUUCCUUUUAAUAGCAAGUGAAACAUAACAAGAAUGAUAUUUGACACAGCCUUAAAAUUACCACGUAUAUAUGAAUGUGUGACCCUUAAUUAAUAUGUAUAUGAGACAAUACCCAGGACCUUUAAUGGAAGCAAGUGAUCAAUUAUAUUGAGAGAAUAACUAUGCAAUAAGAGAAACAGCUCAACUUCUAAUAGAUGUGUGGAUUUUCUAUCAAAUCUAAGUUCACGGCUGCUCAAGUGCUUGGAAAACAAAGCCAAGAUCUAAUAUUGCUGUCAGGUGGGAGGGUUGACCCAAGCUAGACUACUUGAUGAUAUCCUCACUAACCCAAGCACAUCUACACUGACCAUUUAAUGUUGUUUCAAGCCAGUAUUGAAGAAAAUUGUUUGACUGUACAGGUGAUUUCAUAGGAAAUCCUGGAACCAGUUUGAGGUGUUGAUGAUAGAUAAUUACACAAACCACAGAGCACUGAUGUACAUGAAAACCUUCCUUUCACACAAUUUUGUGGGAGUUUGUUGUCUGGCUGCUGGAGUUUGAAGUUAGCUUUGAACGGCUUUACAUAGCCAGUGUAGAUGGCAGCCAAGUCAAGGUGUGUGUUAUCCAAAGACCUCCAGUUAUUUUAGGGUGAGGUAGAAUUCCCCAUUCAUAACAUUGAAAACAUCACAAAUCACUACAAAUUUCUAUCAUUACACACCAUCCACAAUUUGCUGCUUAAAACAACUGUCAUGUUACGUUAUCCAGUAAGUAAGGUUACAAGAUUUUUUAAAAAAAUACAAAGAAUUAAUAUAAUUUAAUAAAACUUAAAUGGAUUAUAGCAUAGGUAUUACAUUUUUUCCUACAUAACCACCAUUCAUUUCAAUACAUUUUGUCAUCCCUGGGACAAGUUUUUGAUGCCUGUGUCAAUUUCCCUCCGCCUUUUUCAGCCAAUUAGUCACUUUGAUUUUCACCUUUUCGUCGUCAAAAAAGUGUUUUCCACAAAGGUGUUCCUUCAGUUUAGUGAAGGGAUGAUAGUCACUGAGUGCAAGAUUAGGGCUGUGAGAGGGGUGGCUUAAAACAUCCCAACCAAAUGAAGUCAACAACUCUUGUCUUGUGCAUGAGUGCUGUGCGGACGCAUAUUGUCAUUAAGGAGAGAGACUCUCGCCGUCAGCAUCCCACGACAUUUGUUUUGGAUGGCUCUGCAAAGUUUCUUCAUGGUCUCACAUUAUGUUAUGUAUUCAUUUUGUCACAUGCUGUCUUGACAUUGCACCCUCUCCAUAAACAAAUGAUUUUGCGAUGAAUCGUAGUGGCAUUCAUGCCCUUAGCAUUUAGGUAGCAUAUUACAGUGCAAACUUUGCACUUGGAAGGAAACAGAAUGAGGACACGCAUCUCUUAACCUUCACCACAGCGCCAGUUGAUGAGCUACUGAUGACUGGCACUGCUCGUUUCCUUUUGCUGACUUCCUGCUACAUGGCAGUGAUACCAACUUCCCCCGAGAAAAUACCCAGUGAAGCUAUGUGCCUUGUAACCUUACUUUCCGGAUAACCCUCAUAUAUUACAAAGGCACAUGGAAAUCAAUGUGCACAAAUGAAUUCCAAAUCUGCUCCUCGAAACCAUAAAGUUUCAAAUGUGACCCAAGAAUGGUUCAUCAGACUUAUUAUGCAGUAAGCUUGUGUCCUUUUGCUCUCAUUUAGCUAUUAUCGCAUUAUUAAAAGCAGCACUGAUAUAUUUUUAAAGAUCAAGGAGCAAUUCAGUGUGAUGGCAUUCAAACUGAGGAUCUUUUGGCUCAUAAUAUUGAAAAUCUUUAAUCUUGUCUCCUUCAUUUGAGUAGCCGUAGAACUUCUAGGUGCAGCAUACUUUGUGCUCUCCUCUCCCAAAAUGAGAAAUAAAUUUGUUUUACUUGUUCUAUCUUUCUCUGCCUGUCAUCACUAAUGCGCAAGUUCGUAAGUACAUACAUUAUUGUAACCUAAAGUGAAGAUUUGAUUGUGUGGUGACCCGUCUGUCCUGCAUAUCAAGUCAUGUAUAUAUCAGUCAGGUUUGCAGUAUAAUUGACAAUCUUUGGUGUAUUUUGCUGCAAUUGAAUAAUCAAGGUAUAUGCAAGUAUCUUUUCUGUAUUGUGACAAUACAGGGAUUGGAUCUUUAGUUGUUAACAUGGGGAAAAAAUGUGUAGGAACUAAUCUGAUGCUUUGCUGCAGAACCAAGACUCACGGUCCAGUAAAGCAGUGGUUCUCAACCUGUGGGUCCGCAGAUGUUUUGGCCUUCAGUUCCCAGAAAUCCUAACAGCUGCUAAACUGGCUGGUUUUCUGGGAGUUGUAGCCCAAAAACACUUGGGGACACACAGGUUGAGAGCCACUGCAGUAAAGGAAGUAACAUGAAACUGAAUAGGUUUGGGCAAAAUUUCUCUGUGUUGAUUGUGAUGCCUACAUGGUAAUACUCUAGUUUUUGUCUGCUGUGUAGACACAGUGAGUUGAUAUAAGAUCAACAUGACUGAAUCAAAUGCACUGAAUCAGCUCAUCCACACACCCUUUUGGAAUCUUAACUCAGUCAUGUCCCGAAUACUUGCUCGGUUGUUUUGAAAAAUCAAAGGCAAAACAGUAGAGGAAAUGUAUUUUCUUUGCUUGUGGUUUCACAGAAUAUGACUGAUACAAGUUAACUUUCCUGCAAUCUAUGCUAUUCUGUGUUCUGUGCAGUCUGGCAUCAAAAAUCAUUGCUAAAGUCCAGAACCUUUAGUUAAAGGUCACUUUGACCCUUGAAUUUAGCAGCAACAGCAGGGUCCAGAGGAAUUAUGUAACCUAAAUUGGAGCUGACAUUCAUGGUGACACAUCAAGGUAGGGUAAAAAACAGAACUGGUCCAUGCUGGCUUCUCCAACCAUGGCUGAAGGUCAGUGGCUUAAUCCGGUUUUUGGUCUUUUUCAUUUGUGGAGCAAGUCACAUAUUUUAAUCAGAGAAAAACCCCAGUAGGGUCUCUCUGACUGGUUUCUUAUAAAUGUCAUUGUCGCUGGAGGCUCGGAGUUCUCUCCAAGGUUGCUAUGUGCUCUUUAUUAUGUUUACUCUUAAUGAGACCUCAUCCAAGUCUUACAAGUUUCUGAUGGGUCAUUUAAGUCUUUUUAUUUUAUUAUGAUGGGUAUGUUUGAGGCUUAUUUUACCAAACUUCAAGCACUGUUUCUGUGCAGGAAUCUGCACUGAUUCCAUGUCUUACCUCUUGUAUAGCUUUAAAUAAGGCAACUGUUCCCAAAUAAAGAGUAUAAUUCUUGUCUCUUGCA